CUUUCAACACACCCACUUGCCCAUAUUCCGGUUUCCAUAUUGAGCUGUAGCUACCUCCUUCUCAAACGAUUUGGUUGAAAAAUCUUACUAACUCUACCCACUAGAGAGCAGAAUACUGUGUUCAUAGCUGGAAUGCUAUUCGAUCUAAGUGCCAGUGCGACGUUCUACGUCACGUCAUCGUACCGGAUGUUGAUACAGAAUCCGCAGGAACAGCUGGGAGAGAACAACAAAGCGACAACGAACCCAACAGACUUUGGGGAAUAAAAUAAUUAACGUGGAAAAGGACGGCUUAGCUACAAAUAGCUAAAACCCAACUAGUCGAAAAGUCUUUAAACGAGAGCAGCGUUUAACCUUCCGUUUGGUCCUGCAGGUGAGUGUGUACUGAACCAUGGGGCGGAUCUUCCUGGACCACAUCGGGGGCACACGCCUCUUCUCCUGCGCCAACUGUGACACUAUCUUGACCAAUCGCUCAGAACUCAUCUCCACCCGCUUCACCGGAGCCACCGGCAGAGCCUUCCUCUUCAACAAGGUGGUGAACCUGCAGUACAGCGAGGUGCAGGACCGCGUGAUGCUGACGGGCAGACACAUGGUGCGAGAUGUCAGCUGUAAGAACUGUAACAGCAAGCUGGGCUGGAUCUAUGAGUUUGCCACUGAGGACAGCCAGCGCUACAAGGAGGGCCGUGUCAUCCUGGAGAGAGCACUCGUCAGGGAGAGCGAGGGCUUCGAAGAACAUGUCCCCUCUGACAAUUCCUGAGCUGAUGCUCAAAAUACUCGCUCAUCCCUACGCCCCUGCCCUAACCCUCCAUAGCCCCAAGCUCAUUAUUCCAGACACUGGUCAAUAGUCUAGGCUCCACCCACAGCUUUGACCUAGCUAGGACUUUUUGACCUCUCCUGAUUGGCUGGAUCUCUUGAUGCGUUGUUGGCCUCUCCUAAACCCCUCUCUCUUUCAAAGACCACCUUCUGUCACCUAGAGACAUCGACGGGCCCGCUUUCACAUACCUAUGGACUCCAUGCACACGUGCAAACACAGGAUUUUGAAGGCAACUACACACACUGCAAGGCACACAGACUCAUAUUUACAUACUUGACAUGCUCACAUGCAUGAUUAGUAGAUGUAUUCACUGACUGGAUAUUUUGUCAACGUUACAGCUGCAGUCACUAUAACUCCCUCCCAGUGUUGUGUGUACUGUGUAUCCUUAUCCUCUAUCUGGCUGCUGUGCCUGUGCAUGCAUUGUGAGGACCUGCUUGUUGCCAUGCACAUCCCCACAAGUCCAUCCUUCUGUGUGUGAGGAGUGCGAGCAGCCUAUUGCCUCUUAGUAAGUGAGGAGCUGAGCAGGGUAGUAUCAUGCCCAAAGACUGGUGGCCUGCUGGGCUGGCCUUCAUAUGAACUGUUGCUGUUCCUCCCAAUUUCUGACAAUUCCCAGCCAGUUGGAAUGAAGGGAUCUGUGUUCUCUGUCAUGCUGUUCUUUGUUUCGAAUCCCUGCCCAGGUUAAUGUACAAUAGAUAGAAAUCUAGAAGAAAAAGAAACGCACACCUAUUAAGACGAGGUGCUGGCUAGCGGAGUAGAUAGAAAUAACACAUGAUCAUCAGAAAUUAUUAUAAUUGUAUUAAUGGUUAGUAUCAUUAUUGUAUUUUUAUUCUCAGAUGAGUCAUUGUUUUAAUUGGUUUGCUUUUCAAAUCAGUUUAUUAGUCGAGUACACAGAUUUGCAGGUGUUAAAAGCACCUCCAACAGUACAGUAGAAUGUCACGUGAAUACAAUACAAAUAUUUUUUUUUAAAUUUACCAAGAAAUUACAGAAUGAGUAUAAAAAAAUAUUGCUUUUAUUAUGAUUAUUGUUUUUCUUUAUGUAUUUUUAAAAAACAACGUCUGAUGUUUUUCUUGAUAUGUAAGAUUGUCUCUUUUUCCAGUUAUCCUGCUUGGGCAAUUUUUCCUCUGUAGUGAUGAUUUCUGAAAUAAAGUGUGUAUUCUUGCUAAAA